AUGCACGGCGUCACCGCGUCUCCCCGCCUCGUCGUGCUCUACGCCUUUGUCGUGCACUUGAUUUUCGUCUACGCCACGUUUGACGUGCACUUCCAGUCCCCGCUCGUCGCCGGCGUCGAGCGCGCCGACGCGCGACUGCGCGCGCCCGCGAGACGAUUGGUGAUAUUCGUCGCCGACGGCGCGCGCGCGGACGCGGUGUUCGACGAAGCGCGAGGCGCGGCGCACGUGCGAAGUCGCGCGCGCGGCGGCGCGUGGGGCGUCUCGCACGCGCGAGCGCCGACGGAAUCGAGACCGGGACACGUGGCGCUCUUGGGGGGGUUCUACGAGGACCCGAGCGCGAUCACGAAAGGAUGGAGCGCGAACCCGGUGGAGUUCGAUCACCUGGUGAAUCAGAGUAACAACGCGUGGGCGUGGGGCGCGCCGAGCGUGGUGCCGCUGUUCGCCGACGGCGUCGACGGAGCGAGACGGUUUUGUUACGACGAGACGCUGGAAGAUUUUGCGAGCGCGAACGAUCACGGGGCGUUAGAUGAGUGGGUGUUCGACCGCGUGGUGCGGUUUUUAGAGAGUAAUGGGGUGGAAGGCUCGAGCGAGAGCGACGCGCUGGACGGCGACGGGAACGUGUUUCUGUUGCACUUGCUGGGCUUGGAUUCGAGUGGACACGCGCACAAACCGCAUUCGAGCGAGUAUUUCGAAAAUAUUAGGAUAGUAGAUGAAGGUGUUCGCAGAGUGGAGGCGGCGUUCGUGGAGAGGUUUGGGGAUGAUGGAAAGACUGCUUUUGUUUUCACCGCCGAUCACGGAAUGUCGAAUAAAGGCGCGCACGGCGACGGCGAUCCUGGGUGCACGGAAACACCGUUGGUGGUUUGGGGCGCGGGUGUCGCCAGUGGGUCACAAAAAGUCGCGGGAGCGUGUCGUGGGACGCCCGAAACGCCGAAGGAUUGGGGCAUGGAUCCCGAGACGAGGUGCGACGUUGAUCAAGCCGACGUCGCGCCUUUGGGUGCGACGCUCAUUGGAUUUCCACCGCCUCGUCACAACUCGGGCUUGCUCCCCAGCGCGUACUUGAGCGAUAAACCCGAAGAUCUUAAGUCGUCCGCGAUGAUUGCGAACGCCAAGCAAUUGCUGGCGCUUCACGAUCUCAAGGCGUCGCGCACUGCAAAGCGCGCGCUCAGCGCUUUGUUUUCUUUCAAGCUCCACCCAGAUAUGAUUAGCGUCUCAUCGCAAGUCGCGGAGUACGAGCGACUCGACCGGCUUGGUCGACACGACGACGCGACACGCGGUGCAAAUCAAGUCGCGCGCGCGUGUUUGAGAGGGUUGGAAUAUUUACACACGUACGACCGGGCGCUUUUGCAAGCCGUCGUCGUGUCGUGUUUUGCGACGUGGAUGAUUUUACUUGCAGUCAAUUUGCUUCCGCGAAGAAAAGGGGAAUGCGAAACGCCGACUGGUAUACCGUUGACGCUGGCGCUGAUUUAUGCCGGUGUCGUGAGCGUGAUUCUUCUGGCCCGCCGCGCGCCGCCCACGUACUUUUUGUACUUCGGUCUCCCGGCGUAUUUUUUGUUGGGUAUCGUGAACACGCUUUCCGCUGUGAAAAUAGAAAGUAUCGCCGACAUUAGCUUACUGAACGUCGGUAUUUGUCUUGUCGGCGCGUUUGCGGUGGCUGAAACGAUAUGUAACGGUUUUCACGAUCGCUUCGUGUUUUCAUACGCGUUUGCAUUCGGGUCGGCGCUUUUAGUCGCACUCGCGAUACGCUUGCUGUUUCGAUUGCUUGCGAGUGCGCUCCUCGGCACCACGACGCACGUUUUGAUUCGGCCGCUUGAUAUUUUUCAGGACGACGCCGUCGACAGGGAAACUAAGCGCCGACCGGGUCAGACUGUUUUCGCGUUGCAAAUAUUAAUGGUUCUUACUACUGGCGUAUUGGUGACCGCCGUCGACGGUUUACAGCGCGACAAGUUGCCCGUUCCAACGUCUAUGCACGCCGCAUCGUGGAUCGUCGCGUUGAUGGCACCCAUCUUGCCCAUGUUUUCACCACCGCGAACGCUGCCGCGAAUGAUUAGUGUGUUCCUUGGGUUUGCAUCGACGUAUGGACUGUUCUCCGUGUCGUACGAGUCCCUGUUCUACGCUUGUCUCGGGUUUUGUCUUCUUUCGUGGAUGAUUCUGGAGCGCGGCUUACAAGCGCCCUCACCGGCAAAGUCCAAAAUGUUCACCCGUACCAUCAUCCCGAGCGAUCUCCGCCACGCCGCUAUGUUCUUAUUUCUCAUCGAUGCAGCCUUCUUCGGCACGGGCAAUAUCGCAUCCAUCGCAUCCUUCGACCUCAGCAGCGUCUACAGAUUCACCACCCGCUUCAACCCGUUCCUCAUGGGCGCGCUCCUCGUCCUCAAGGUAUUACUCCCCAUGAUCACCGUCGCCGCCGCCUUUCUCGUCGUCUUGAAAUCCUCCCGCGUUCCUGCGUUCGAGUCGUACUUCAUGUUUCUCAUCUUGAGCGACAUCAUGGCUGUCAGAUUCUUCUUUCAAAUCACCACCGUCGGCAGUUGGCUCGACAUCGGCUCGAGUGUGUCGCGUUACGCGUUGAUGGGAACGCAAGUCGUCACCAUUUUACCAUUCUUAGCCUUGGCCCAGAUCUUCACGCGAGCUUUGCCCGUGAACGGGCGUACCGCAAUCAUUCGCACCAAGCGCGAUUAG